AUGCACUUUUACCUAAUCCAGCGAUCAAAGAGUGUUGUUGCACUCCAUCAUGGGCCAAGGUGCCGCUCCAAUUCCUCAAGCACCGAAUCCAUUGUUGCUAUGCAGAAGCACCAUUAUUUUAUGGGUCUGUUCGUUAUUGGUGUGGUAUGUGCUUCGAAGUAUGAAACACCACCACCACCACCAACGAGUACAGCAACGAGGGGAGCAGCUUCGAGGAUCUGCCUCCCCAACCAGAGUUCAGCACUUCUUCAAUUCAAGCAGAGCCUUCUCAUCUUACCUGAUGCGCUGAGCUCAUGGCAGCAUAAUGGAUCCGACUGCUGUCACUGGAAAGGAGUUAUUUGCAAUAACCUCACUGGCUUCGUCAUUGCAUUGGAGAUACCUUUUCAUGAUCUUGGCGUUUAUGGAUAUGAUCAAGAUAUCUAUCUUAAAGGUGUCGCCCUUGACUCUUCCCUGUUCAAGCUUCGAUAUUUGCAACGUUUGGAUCUCAGCUACAACCUAUUGAACGGUAUGAUCCCCAAGAGACUCGUGGAACUCAGCCACCUAACACACCUCAAUCUGUCCCAUUGUGAGUUCUCUGGUCAGAUCCCAAUAGAGCUGUCCCAAAUGACACGAUUGGUCUCUCUUGAUCUCUCUUAUAAUCCUCGCCUACUACUCCAGCAUCCUAAUUUCUUACAGCUUUUCAAGGGCUUAGUUCAUUUGGAGCACCUUCGACUGGAUAGAGCUGACGUCUCCAUGAGCUUAAGAGAAGUAAGCAUGACCUUGUCCUCAUCUCAGGAACUGCAAACAUUAAGCUUAUCUGGGUGUAAUAUUUCUGGCACAAUGGACGAAUCACUUCUCCAUUUUCAGUCGCUAUCUUACUUGGAUUUGGGGUCCAACCAACUUGAAAGUAGUAUCCUUGAAGGUUUAUGCUCGCUUGGGGACAUCACUUCGUUAAGGCUUCGUGGAAAUUUCAUGACCGGAGCAAUUCCGCCAUGUCUUUUCAGUCUUCCCUCUUUAAAGGUGCUGGACCUCGGCGGCAACCAUCUGAACUCACAAAUCCCCAACCCAAUCCCCUCCUCCCUAACUGAACUGGACCUAAGUGGCAACGGACUAACUGGGAGCAUUCCCUCAUCACUCUUCAACCUCUCCUUUCUAGAAACACUAGAGCUCAGCCACAAUCUCCUAACAGAGAACAUUCCUUCUUCCCACUUCAAUCUCCCUUUCCUAAAAAAGUUAGUCCUCAGUGGGAAUAGCCUAACUGGGACCAUUCCAUCAUGGCUUUUCAACCUCUCCUCCUUAGAAGAACUAGACCUCAGUAGCAACCGUCUACUUCUGAUUCCCUCAAUGCUGUUCAAUCCAAUCUCACCAUUAAACACAGUAAACCUUAGUGAUAAUUCCCUAAGUCGGAGUGUUCCCUCAUGGCUUUUCAACCUCUCCUCCUUAGAGUCACUAGACCUUAGCAACAACUUCCUAACUGGGGUUCCCUCGCUGCUUUUCAACUCAAACUCCUCCUUAACAACACUAGAUCUUUGUCACAACAACUUGAUGGGCAGAAUUCCUCCCUCGCUUUUCACCCUUCCUUCCUUAAGGAAACUAAUCCUCGGAAGUAAUAAGUUCAGUGAUCUGCUCGCCAACUUUGACAAUAACCUAUACUCCCAGCACUUGGAAUUCCUUCAGCUUGAUCACAAUUUUCUUAGUGGUGAUAUCUCUUCUUUUGUGAAGAGACUUCCUGCCUUGAAAAGCAUUGACCUUUCCUCUAAUUGUUUCAAUGUUACCGUUGAUCUUUCUUUCCUUUUUAGUAUCAAGGGCCUUGCUGCAUUGGACCUUUCCAAUAACACAAGGCUGACUGUUGAUUCAUCCCAUUCCAGUGACGAUGCCCAAGGUAGUUCCAAGGAUUCUCCUGGGAUUCAAUCUUUAAAAUUGAACUCUUGUAAUAUUCGGACUUUUCCGAGAUUUGUCUGUAAACUUAGCAAUCUUGUGGCUCUAGAACUUUCCAACAAUAACAUGGAAGGGGAGAUACCAUCUUGCCUGUGGUGGGAACUUAGUAGCUUUGAUGCUCUGGUUCUUGAUCAUAACAAGCUACAUGGUUUUGAAGAACCAGCCCAUCGGAUUAGCUUAGCUGCAGAUGGCGGCCUUUUGUACAUGUCUGUCUCCAAUAAUCGGAUCGAAGGGGAAAUUCCAACUUUCCUUUGCGAUGUAGCACCAACGUUCUUGGACAUGUCAGAGAAUUCCUUGACGGGUGAGAUACCGGAUUGCCUUGGUAAACAUGUGGCUGUACUGAAUUUGAGAAAGAAUCAACUAGGAGGCCAAAUUCCCGAUGAAUUCAAGUCAGGGCUUCUCAUGUUUGUCGCCUUGAGUGACUACUUACUCACUGGCAAAAUUCCAAGGUCUCUCUUCAAUCGCUCAUCUUUGAGGGUCCUCGAUCUAGGAAACAACAAGUUGAACGACUCUUUUCCUUCACAGCUAGGCCAACUGGGGUCUCUCCCACAUGAGUUGUUUCAAGGCUUCAAGGCCAUGAUGUCAGGUACCAAAGAGAAUGAAAUUGAGUUCUUUGAAAUCGGCUUGACCUUCUUGAGUGGGUAUUGGGAACGGGAUGUUGACCUGUACGUGGAGGAAACAAUCAAGGGAGAAUAUCGUUUGUUUAAAGAGGUCAAGAGGGACUUGACUAUCAUAGACCUAUCUAGCAAUAAUUUCACAGGCCGAAUUCCUGAAGAGAUAGGGUCCUUGACGUCCUUAUACAUAUUAAACAUUUCUAGAAACCAUCUAGUUGGCUCCAUCCCCGAGUCAUUUGGAAAGUUGCAGCAGAUGGAGUCGUUAGAUCUCUCUCACAACCAGUUAUCGGGAGUUAUACCAGGGGAGCUAUCUGAACUCACAUUUCUUGCAGUCUUGGACCUGUCAUACAAUGACUUGCAUGGGAUGAUACCACAAGGAAACCAGUUUAGUACUUUUCCGGCAUCUUCUUUUGAAGGAAACCCGAAGCUCUGUGGACUACAGGUGAACAGGUCUUGCUCUCAUGUUGUAGAAGUUGGCUCUCAUGCUGGAGGAGAUGGCCUCGUUGAUGAGGAAAACAAGCAAAUAAAAGAGAAGGGAUGGAAGUAUGGAUCAGUAGGAUUCGGUUUUGCAGUUGGCUUGGUGAUCACAACUGUCCCUUCUUGUUCAUGA